AUGGACUCAGCGCACAUGACAGCCAAAGUCUAUUGCCCUCUUCGCUUCUUUUCUACCGUUCUGGCUCGUGGUACCAUAGAGUCAAGCGCAGUUUUAAACCAUUCUGUUCUUGUCUCUUGGGCUCUCAAUGCCAUACUUCUUGUCUCACUUGUCCUGGUGAUUGUGGGUAAAUUCACAGCCCGAUGCAAGGCGAGUCCCGAUGACCAAGGAGGUAGUUAUAGUCCAGCGGAAGAUGCGGUGGAAUAUGUCCCCGUCCUCUUCAAGCUGGGAAAUAGUCACGCCAGCUCUCCAUACCAGGGCUUUCCGACGGACGAGACCGACCGAUUAUGGCAAGAGCUCUAUGGCGACGUAUUCCACCAGCUACACUAUCUGAAUCAGAUUCGAAUGGCCUUCUAUCCCCGGCGGUACAACACAUCGUUGACAAACCCUGACGGCACAGUCAAAUACAUUCAAUGGCUGCACAUAGACCAUUCUGUAGAGUCGCUUCGCCAAUCCAUCAUGUGCCACUCGGACACCAGUUUGAUCACGUACAAGUGGCUGGAGAGCAAGAAGAUUACGAAGACGGAGCUUGAAGUGGUUCACAUGUGCCGAAAUUUCGACAAGAUUCAGAAUUGGGCAUCUCAGCGAACCGUAAACCUCGGUAGCAGGAGGCUUCAUGUUGAGAAUGGAGCUAUUGUCGACUAUACGAGCUGGGGCCCCGAUCCCGAGGCUGUUGUGGCGGAUGACAUUCCGUCCGGGUGGAAUUAUACCAUAGAAGAUCUGUAG